AUGGCCUCCACCCCAUUACACAGCUCCGGCCUUCCACCUCCCCACCGCAUAGCAAUAGUAGGCGCCGGUCUUGCUGGCCUAUCACUCACACUCCUGCUAUCCCGCGUCAGAUCUCAACAGCAACCUCUCCACAUCACAAUCCUCGAGCUUCGCCCCCGCCACGCCCAAGACGGUGGAUUCCUCGCCCUUGCCCCCAACGCACUACACAUCCUCGACCAAUUGGGCCUGUACCAGAAGUUGUUGCCUCAAGGUUUUGCAUACGAAGACAUUGCAUUUUACUCAGCCAGGAACCUAAGCAGGAUUGGCAGGGUGAAGAAUGGGGACGUAAAGCGAUAUGGCUACCCAGCGCUCCGAAUCGGGCGGGGGAUCGUACGCGGGGAGUUGUUACGCGCGGUCGAGGAGCUUGCGACGCAGGAUCGUGAGGAGAUCACGGUGGAGAUGAGGUUCGAGACGAAGGUCGUCAGUGUUUCAGAGAAGGAGAAGAAUGUCAUCCUGGGUCUGGCAAGCGGAGAAGAGCUGACAUUUGACGCGGUCAUCGGCGCUGAUGGCAUCCACUCCAGAGUGCGGAAUUUGGUUAAUGGCGAUGUGAAGCCAACGUUCAGCGGCAUGUUGGGUAUCGGUGGAGGGAGACUGGACAGGCGAGAUAUCAGGCCGCAGGACUUGAGCCUGCCGGCGAUGUUCAUGGGCAAGAGCAACGCGUUCAUGAUGAUGCCGACGUCAGCGGACGGGAAUGAGGUGACGUUCUUCGCCACGAUGGAAGUGGAGGAACGCGAUAGGGAGGGAUGGGCGAAGUUGGGAGAGGACAAGCAGGAGUUGAAGAGGAUCAUGGUAGAUCGGCAUUGCGGAAGAGCUAGUGAGUGGCCGGCGGUGGUUGUGGAGGCUUGCCGGAGUGGGAAGGCGGAUAGUUUGAGCAUUUGGCCGCACUACAACGCUCCGAUUCUCGAGUCGUGGACCUCAUCUUCGAAUCGGAUCAUCCUCAUGGGAGAUGCAGCACACGCUAUGCCGCCAACAGGUGGUCAGGGCGCUGCAAUGGCGUUCGAAGAUGCUGCAUCGCUAGCCAUGGUCUUCGAACGAAGCGACACAGCGGAAGCGUUUGACAAAGGGGUCGAUGAAUGGCAGACUACACGCCAAGAUCGAGCACGGAAGAUCAAGGAGUUCACGACCAAAAGUGGUGACAUGCGGAGAACAUCACCUUCAGUCUUUCAGCAGAUCGUAAAGGAGUGGAUCAUGUGGUUGUACUUCAAGGUCAAAGGGAGUGACGGUGGGCUUGCGUGGGUUUAUGAGCAUAAGGAGAAGUGUCCAGGAGAUGUGAAGGUCAAAGUGUAG